GUUUUUGUUUCUAUUAAGUGCAGAAUUUUAAAAAGAUGAAAAAUUAAAUAAAGCCGCAAAUUCAAAUAACAAGUGUGGUUAGUCUUCAUAAAUAAGGAUUUGGAACAUUUUUAUUUUAUAUUGCUAAAUCUGAAAUUUAAAGUGUUCUUUUUUUCUAUAAGUAGACAUUAAAAUAUAAUUUAAAAUGCCCCCGGUUUCCGAAUGCCCUGAGCAACUUCAAGCCCAAAUGAUAAUUGUUAUUCACCCAGGAUCUUUAAAUUUAAGAAUGGGCAGAGCUUCAGAUCUUAAUCCUAUUAGGAUUUUACAUGCAGUUGCAAGAAAGCGGCGUUUAAAUGGAGUUUUUUACAGAGAUUCAUUUCUUCCCGCUUGUGUUGAGAGGUCACAAGAGUUAAUGCACGAGUUCGAAGAGUGUAGAUUACAAGUUUCUCAUACAUUGCAAUCGUGCUUACAAUCAGAUGGAAGACGCCGGUAUGCUACUCCACCACAACAAAUUUCAGCCUUCAAUAGACGCUCGACAGCUGAAUGUAUAGAUGAUAAUGCAAUGGAUAUCCCUGUUCCAGACAAGGAGAUUAUUUUUGGUGAUGAAAUAAUAAAUGUCAAAUCAGAUUUAGCAUAUAAUUUGCAUUUCCCUUUUCGUAAAGGGGAUCUUAAUUUACACGGAAAUGUUGGAGGAUCUUUAUCAGCGGUACUAGCAGAUUUGCAAGCAAUUUGGGAAUAUGCUCUCUCUGAAAAAAUGAAUAUUAAAUUAAGUGACCUCUCACAAUACAAGGCUGUUUUAGUUGUUUCAGAUAUAUAUAAUCGUAGUCAUUUAAAGGAGCUUACUACGAUGUUGCUUAUAAAAAUGGGAUUCGGAAGUUGUUUCCUUGUUCAGGAUCAUGUUGCAGCUACUUUCGGUGCUGGAUUGGGAUAUGCUUGUGUUAUUGAUGUUGGAGACCAGAAAACUUCAGUAUCAUGUGUUGAGGAUGGAAUAUCACAUCCAAGUACAAGAGUUCGUUUAGAAUAUGGUGGAGGAGAUGUAACGCAAACAUUUUACUAUUUACUGCAAAAGUGUGCUUUUCCAUACAAAGAAUGUGAUAAUAAUAAUAUACAAGAUGCUUUACUAUUAAAAAAAUUAAAAGAAGAUUAUUGCCAUGUUAAUUUAGACAUAUGCGGAUCUCAAGAAAAAAAUUUCACGGUUAAAUCAAAUAAAAAAAUUGUAAAAUAUACAAUUCAGCUAGGCGAUGAAUGUAUUGUUGCUCCCCUUGCUCUUUUCAAUACAGAACUUCUUAAUAUCACGGGAAAAAAUAAAACAGCAAGAGUACAAAAACCUUCAGCUAUUCAACCAGAUUCAGAAGACUGCUUUGAUUCGAGUUAUAUUCGGGAAACCGGCAGACGUAGCGGUCGUGAACAAUUGGAGCCAAUUCAAGGUGGUGACGGGGCUAUAAUUACAGCCGACAAUCAAGAUGAUGAUAUUGUAGUAGAUACACUUGAAGCUGAAAGAGAUGUAAAGCCAACAGACAAAGAAUUUGUUUUACCUGGUGGGCAAAUUGUUGGACUUGAUCAAGCUGUUAUACAAAGUAUUGAAAGAUGCCCUACCGAAGAGUUAAAACGAAAAAUGUUUAGUUGCAUUUUAGUAGUCGGUGGUGGAAUGAAAUUUCCAGAAAUAAGUAAAUGGUUACACAAUAGAGUUUCUUUACAAAUACCAUAUUUACAUAGAACAGAACAAUUAGAAAUUGUUUCAAGUAAUAUUCAUGGAAUGGAUCCAGCAAUAACUUCAUGGAAAGGGGCUGCAAUCAUGUCAUGUUUAGAAAGUGCACCCGAACUUUGGAUUUCGUCCAUGGAAUGGAAAAAAUAUGGUUUAAGAAUUUUGCGAGAGAAAGCCGCAUUCAUGUGGUGAAAAAUAAAAAUUUAA